AUGAGGAGCUGCUCCUUCUUGCGUUGCUCAGCCGCGAGUCAGCUGGGGUUUCUGUCGCUUUCAGUCUCAAGUGCUUGUCAAGCACAGUCGCUUGUGGUUUGUAAACAUCAGCUUGCCAUUGUGCAAACUCACCAUCCGUCUUCCAGAGCCAUGGCUCUCGCCCUGCUCCUAGCGCUUGCGUCCCUGGUGCAGUUUGCCGCAACUCGGCGCAUGCAACGCGAGGAGGAAGUGGACUGUUCCCAAAAGCUGCCGGCGCCAGAGAAUUUCCAGCUGACACCAUCAAGCUAUGAUGGACUCGAUGGUGUUGGCGUUUACUGGCAGACCGCUGUGCCACUGCAGGACUGUGAGAAGUACUUCAUGUACUUCAAGAAGUAUGAUCGGUUUGUGGCUCUCCAACGGAUGCAGGCCUUGAAUAGGGUUCAGGUCUACAAUAUAUGUGCUGCGGAGGCUACUCAGUAUGGUGAUGUGGCCUUCUGCCAAGCAGAGAAAGAAGGACCGGUGUGGGACUCGAUGCAAAAGUUUGUGAGUACAAAGGUUGAGGAAUGUAAGUCAACGCUGUGCAGUUUGGCAAGGACGGGGGAGUGGAAGGCUGGAAUGUUCAAGUACAAGCAGGACCGAGCCAAAAAAACGCCUUGGCGUCGUGAACUGCCAGGCCAUGAGAGCUUGGGCUUUGAGGAGGCCUUCAAUGUGAAAUGCGGAUUGUAUAGAGUCCAAGUUCCCAAGUCUUUUGCCGAGGUGGUUCCCACGUUUCAGGACUUUGCUGAUAAGUAUGGUUUCAUUUCGCCCAAAGGCACCUUCAACAAGACGGCCUGCGGAUGUCCUUCAGAGGAUGAGUGUGACUGA